AUGACCGACAACCGCGCGUCCAAGACGCGCGCCGGCGUCCAGAUCCCUCUGGUCGCCCGCCUCGCGCUCGGCGCGUCGCUGGUGCUGCUCGUCCUCAGCGGAGCGGUCCCCUUGCCGUGGCACACUUCCCAACACGAUGCGCCCCGGGCCCCGCUCCAGGGCAAACCGGUCCUGCCUCUCCCAGACGAAGAGGGCGCCAUCGCGCGGCUCUCGAAGAUUCUGACGUUCCCGACCGUCGCGAACCCGCAAGCGGAGGACCACGUCGGCGCGGAGGCGGCACUGCACUUUAAGAACCAACACAAGUGGCUGGCGGAGGCGUUCCCGCGAGUGUGGAAGGCCCUCAAGGUGGAGAACGUGGGCGCGGGAGGCUGGAGCCGGCUCCUGACGUGGCAGGGCACGGACGCGAGCCUCAGGCCCCUCCUUUUGCUGUCCCACUUGGACGUCGUGCCGCCGGGCGACGUGGGCGCGUGGGAGCCCGCGGGCCCGUUCAGCGGCGAGGUGCGCGACGGCUACGUGUUCGGCCGCGGCGCCCUGGACGUCAAGUCGGGCGUGACGGGGAUCCUCGAGGCGGUCUCCGCGCUGCUGCACGAGGGGUUCCGGCCGGCGCGCACGGUGAUGAUCGCGUUCGGGCACGACGAGGAGGUGGGGGGGGGUCUCGGCGCGGUGCGAAUCGCGGAGGUGUUGAAGCAGAGAGGGUUGGAGUUUGAGAUGGUCCUGGAUGAGGGGGGCAUGGUGUUCCACGAGGGCGUCAAGGGGCUGUCGAAGGUGCCGACGGGGAUGGUCGGCGUCGCGGAGAAGGGCUACGCGACCGUGGACGUCGAGGUCUCGCACCCGGGCGGUCACGCAGCGAUGCCGCCCACCGACGGCACGAGCAUCGCGGAGCUGCUCGCGGCGAUCGUCGACCGCGUCGGCCGCGAGCCUCCCACGGCCGUCCUGACCAAGCCCACCGCGGAGAUGCUCACGCACCUCGCGCACGUCGCGCCGUGGCACCUCCGCCCCGUGCUCUCCCGCGCCGCGCGCUCGCAGUGGCUCGGCACCCUCACAGCCAGCGCCCUGGGGGCGAAAGGCCCCGACACCGCCGCCGUGGUGCGCACGACCAUGGCGCCGACCCGCGUGAACGUCGGCGUCGCGGACAACGUCCUCCCGGGCAACGGCACCGCGACGUUCAACGUCAGGAUUCUACCGGGGAGCACUAUUGAGGGGGUGUUGCGGCACCUGGAGGUGGUGGCGCGGGCGGCGACGCGCGGGCGCGGGAACGUGGCGGUGCGGCUGCGGCCGGGCACGCACACGAGCGCCGGCAGCGGGGUCGCGGACCCGUACGCGCCCCCGUUCGACGCCGUGCGAAGAGCUGCGCUGGAGACGCUGGACCACUCGGGCACGCUCGUCAUGGCCCCGUACCUCGUCGUGGGCGCCACGGACGCGCGGCACUACGAGGACGUCGCCCCCGGGCGGUGCCUGCGCUUCACGCCGUUCGUGCUGCGGCCGCACGAGACGUCGCUGCUGCACUCGUCGAACGAGCGCAUCGCAACCGACGUGUACCUCGACGCCGUGCGGUUCUACGUGCGGUUCAUCCAGAUCAUGAGCGCGGGGGUGUAA